AAUGAGCAGCAGCCCUGGAUGCCCAAAGAAUAUUGGCUAAGCCUAAUCCAUCCCUUGUCCUUUGAAAAUAGCCGACCAAAAUCAUUGUCUCGUCGGGAGGCAAAAAUUGCAUGCCAUAAUGGCAUAUUGGAAAUAAUUUGGAACCCACAAGGGUGAAUAAAUGCCUUGACAACUAUAUCAACCCCCAUCCUCUUUAAGCUACCAUACCCUUCAGCAUCUUUCUCAACAGGCACAAGCUGAGGAGUUUCAGAGUUUGAUCUAGUUGUAGAAAGAAGAAAAAAUGUCUCUGGUCACCGAUGAGAUCAAAGCCAGUGCGUCUGAAAUUUACCAUGGAGAUGAGAUCUGUCAAGAGAAAUCCAAGUUUUUGCUCGAGGAAGUUGGCAUGCCCAGGGGGCUUUUGCCCCUGAGAGACAUUGAAGAAUGUGGGUAUGUGAAGGACACUGGGUUUGUGUGGCUCAAACAGAAGAAGAGCAUAACCCACAAGUUUGAAAAGAUUGGGAAGCUUGUUUCCUAUGCACCCGAAGUCACUGCUGUUGUCGAGCAAAGCAAGAUCAAGAAGCUGACUGGGGUAAAGACCAAGGAGCUUUUGCUCUGGAUCACACUCAGUGAUAUCUAUGUUGAUGAUCCACCCACUGGCAAAAUCACUUUUAAGACUCCUGCAGGGCUGUCCAGAUCUUUCCCUGUAUCAGCUUUUGAGAUUGAAGGUGAAGUCAAGGAUGCCAAGGAGAAGAAGAAGGAAGAAAAGGAUGUGAAUGAAGCUUUGGAGGUGAAGGAGGUCUAGAUUACUUUCGAUUUCAAUAGGACAAAGUGGUUCAUCUGUGACUGUGGGUUCAUGAUUACUCUUGUCCCCUUUUUUUCUGGAUGUGCUGUCUUUUACCUAGUUUCUUUUCGCUAAAUAUUAGUAGUAGCAAUAAAGAAAAAUUGUUUACAAUUUCAGAAUACCAAUGUUGCAUUUCCAUUGGUUGCAUGAUACUACUACUCCCACCAUUUUUAUCGGAUAGGUACCUGAGAAGCCUAAUGUUGCAUUGUUGCUUCAACCUGUUGGAAGGCACCAAUGGUUUUUUUUUAGGUGAAAAAAUGUACUCUGUUUUUUUACUAGAGGCCUAUGUUUCUUCCUUGUU